UUCCUCUUCAACAUAAAACAAUUCUCCCCUUUUCAAUUCAUUUCAUCACAAAAAAAAAGCCUCUCUAAAUUGCCCUUCUUGUUUUUUACCAGAAAGAUCUUCAGUUUCUAAUAUACUAAUGGCGCUCGAGGCUAUCAGUUCACCGAGACUAGCUUCUCCGGUCCCUCCUCUGUUCGAAGAUUCUUCAAGAUUUCACGGCGUCGAACACUGGACCAAGGGUAAAAGAUCUAAACGAUCCAGAUCCGACUUCCCCCACAAGAACCUCACAGAAGAAGAGUAUCUCGCUUUCUGCCUCUUGCUCCUCGCUCGUGACGGAGAUCGCAGCAACCGUAACCCUCUUCCUCCUCCUCCGGUGACGGUGGGGGAGAAGUCGUCAACCUACACGUGCAGCGUCUGCGACAAGUCCUUCUCGUCUUACCAAGCACUCGGCGGACACAAGGCCAGUCACCGGAAAAACUUAUCACAGACCCUAUCCGGCGGAGGAGACGAUCAAUCAACGUCGACCACAUCCGCGGUGACAACCGGAAGUGGGAAGUCGCAUGUUUGCUCGAUCUGUCACAAGUCGUUUCCUUCCGGCCAAGCUCUCGGCGGACACAAGCGGUGCCACUACGAGGGGAAUAACAACAGUAGCAGCAGCGUGGCUAACUCCGAAGGAGCGGGGUCCACCAGCCACGUCAGCAGCGGUCACCGUGGGUUUGACCUUAACAUCCCUCCUGUACCGGAAUUCUCGUUGGUGAACGGAGACGACGAAGUGAUGAGCCCGAUGCCGGCGAAGAAGCCCCGUUUUGACUUCUCGGAGAAAGCUUAAUCAGAUUUUUCAUGUGUUCUGUUUUGAGUUUGUGUAGGAGUUUGUUGGUUGUACAGACAAAGUUUCGCACAUUGAUUCAUUCCUGCCUUGUACUUUUUUUCAGUUGAAGUUAUUACUAGACUCAUUCUUUGUCAGAAUAGUUGUUUUCUUUUCAAUAUUUAAAUUUAUACAUGUUAGAGUUAUUUUUA